CCCAGACUUGUUCCGUUUGAAAGACAUGGUGUGACAAACUGGGUGCCAUGACCGAUGGGCGUACUUGCUUGGCUCACCGCCAUGAAGAGCCUGUCGUGGCCCCUGUGACCAAGCACUCGUGCAAGGUGCUUUGGUCUUGGCAGAUUAUGUUUUUCGAUGGGACAACCAUUGAUUAAGACUAUUCACUAUUCAAUUUUUGAAGAAAAACUCAUUGGUUCCUCGGAGUUCCUCGUGAUUCGUGGUACGUCGGAGCUGAGUUGGUCGAGCCGGUGCCGUCCCAACAUGCCACAGUCACUUCACCAGUACGUGCUGCAAGUCAAAGGUUGGCCCUUUCAAUAUUGGCUUUGCCCAUCAGAUCACACAGAUCCAAGUCUCGCGCGUGUCCAUCCACCCGCCCCUCCACGGAUGAACAAGUUCCUCCUCGCCCUGCACGGCAGAGAAGUGCCAAGGGUGGCUCCACAAGACCGUGUGGCGCAGCCGGUGUCGCAUCGCAGUGAGUGCGGUGCGAAGAGGCAGGAGGAAGUGGGGCCAUUGGCAGCCCUUGGCAGCCCUUGGCAGUCAUUUGUGUGGAGGGAGCUCAGCGCGACUUUGCAGGCCGAGGGGGCAUCCCAUCUCUCUCUCCCUUCGAGCAGGCGGAGUCGGUUCCGGGCGUGCUGUAUCGAAGAUGUCGGUCAGAGAGCGACGUGAGAGCACCUCCUUAGAAGAGAGGCUUCGGAUCUUCCCAGCCUGUUUUUUCAAGUGUCACCAAUAGCUUCUUGUUUCUAAUGGCGUCCUUGUUACUACUAGUCUACUAGUAAGGCACUUGUUACUAGAAGCGAUGCACUUACACUUGUUCCUAGUAGCGAACGUUGCUACUAGUCAUCUCCAUUUCCACCCGAUGUUUGGACUCCCACGAGUCGGGUGCAUCACCCGAACCACCUGGACCCCGAACCCUCCACUUCCCCCGCUGUGCAAGCCCUCCAAGGCGGGUUUCACGACCUCGGACACCUCGGUGUGGCUUUCUGAGGGGCCUUGUUCCUCACUUCCGGGGACUUCCGGUUCCACGUCUUGACAUCCUUUGACCCCCUUGGUUGGAGCGACACGGAGGAGUGCACUACGUGAGUCUCCCCCGGCAAUUCGACUAUCUGAACACUCUCUGUUACCCCCAAAAAAUGGCAACUGGUCGGACACCUCGUCUCCUUGUCGCUCGGAGCGACGUCGCUUGUCGCUUGGUGUUGGUUCGGUGUGGUGUUUUUUGGUCCCGAAGGGGUGCGGUGUUCGGGGCGGUUGCGGCGGUUGCGCGCUGGGUGUUUCGUGCCGCGCAGAUGUUGCUUGUUGGAUUUGGAGGUGCCAUAGCUGGAUCUUCCAAC